CUAGUUAUUCGCGUGGGUAAUGUGGAUUACUUUAGACAUGGCCAAGACCAGCUUAUGCCUGGUACCGAUUCUCUGCCAAUUUUUGGGACUACAAGCCGCUCUGCUGGACUCCCUGCUCAAUCAGAGUACCAUCUACUAUCUGAAAUCUUCAGGGGAUGUGGCCUUGGAGAAUGUGGAUCAGUUGGCCUCUGUGGAGUCUGUCAAGUUGAUUGUGCACGGUUAUCUGGGAUCUCGCACACAUGGCUCUAUCAUGCCUCUGAGAAAUGCCUAUACUGCCCAGGGAUAUGAGAAUGUUUUGGUGGCUGACUGGGGUCCUGUGGCCAAUCUAGAUUAUCCCAGCUCGCGCUUGGCUGUGAAGAAAGUGUCUAGCAUUCUAGCCAAACUAUUGGAAGAAUUUCUUCAGCGACAUGGAAUCUCCUUAGAAAGAGUUCAUGUCAUAGGACACAGCUUGGGAGCUCACAUCGCAGGACGAAUUGGGCGUUACUUCAAUGGAUCCUUGGGCAGAGUUACGGGCUUGGAUCCAGCUCUUCCCCUUUUUUCAAGCCGUUCGGAUGACAGUUUGCACUCUAAUGCCGCUCUAUUCGUGGAUGUGAUUCACACGGACUAUCCUUUGUUUGGGGACAUUCGUCCUCGGGGAACGGUGGACUUCUAUCCUAAUUUUGGACUUGCUCCACAACCAGGAUGCGAAAAUGUGGAUGUUGUUGCAGCCAGUAAGCUACUCCACGAAGCUUAUAGUUGCAGUCACAAUCGUGCUGUCAUGUUUUUCGCCGAAUCAGUUGGAAUGCCUGAGAAUUUUCCAGCGAUUUCCUGCAGCUUGGCGGCCAUUAAAAGUAGGCGUGUUGAGGACUGCCUAAGGGAAAAAUCAAAAGCUGGUACAGAAAACUCAAAUCAAUAUCAAACUGUUUUUAUGGGCGAACAUGUUAACCGCAGCGCCACCUUGUACUAUUUUUUGGAAACUAAUGGAGCGCCACCAUACGGCCAGGGCAGGAACUCACAUUUCUGAGUUUUCUUUGACAUUUAGGUAUAGAUGGCGGUAAUAGCCCGAAAAAAUGUAUUGCCUCAGAAAUAGAUGGCGCCAAUUAGCCACCUAUGAAGGAAUUGACCCAUAUUCUUUAAACAUUUUCAAAAUUUCUAAAAAAAAAUCCACUGCUUUGAAAUAAUUUUAAAUUUUAAACAAACAACCUUGUUUUUAUAAGUUUUGUUUUUAGACUUGUAACAUUAUUGCGCUUUAAGGAGACAUAAGAUACGCUUAGCCUUUCUAAAACAUAAAUUGAGUCUUGUUAAACCUCACUCCCCUUCCAAUA